AUUUAAAAGAAAAUGAACGUCAUCUAGCGAUCAAACAAACUAGAAACUUUCAUAGCACAUAAACACAAACAUCUGAAUUAUUACCACUGAAAAACUGUAGAAGGUACAUCUAAACAAACUCAAGGUCGUUUAUGUUUUGAGUAUGAGUAUUCUUCGUGUUGUCUACCAGACUAGUUCAACUUUGAGGCCGAGUUGAAUUUGAGAACGAGAAGGAAUUACAGUUUAUUUUAGAAACAGAACUAGUUUUUUGUAUUUAGUGAAGUGAGUUAUAGAAAUUAGUUAAUAAAAAAAAUAUGUUACCGGUAUGUAGAAGAUCCUCGAGAAUUGUUAAAAAAAUUAAAAAUGUCACAAAAACGCACAAAAGAGCCUUAAGUACUCAGGAUGUUAUCGAGAGGGAAGAAAAAUAUGUUGCUCAUAAUUAUCACCCUCUACCAGUGGCCCUUUCGAAAGGAGAAGGAGUUUUUGUAUGGGACGUAGAAGGUAAAAGAUAUUUCGAUUAUCUGAGCGGAUAUUCCGCCAACAAUUUCGGUCAUUGUCAUCCUAAAAUAAUUAAAGCUUUACAAGAUCAAAGUACCGUACUCCAUCAUACUUCCAGAGCCUUCUUCUCCGAUCAAUUGGGGGCGUAUUCGGAAUUUGUUACGAAAUUGUUCGGUUACGACAAACUGCUACCAAUGAACACAGGCGUAGAAGCGGGCGAUACGGCUUGCAAAUUAUCGAGAAAAUGGGGUUAUAGGAAAAAGAAGAUACCCAAGGAUCAGGCCAAAAUUAUCUUCGCGGCAAACAAUUUUUGGGGUAGAUCUUUAGCGGCUUGUUCGUCUUCUACAGAUCCUUCUUGUUUCCGAGACUAUGGGCCUUUUAUUCCCGGGUUUAGUUGCGUACCGUACAACGAUUUGAAUGCGUUGGAAAAAUUUCUUCAAGAUCCUCUAGUCUGCGCGUUUAUGGUGGAGCCGAUACAAGGCGAAGCGGGGAUCAAAAUACCUGAUGAAGGAUACCUCAAAGGUGUUCGAGAACUUUGUACAAAAUACAACGUCCUAUGGAUAGCAGACGAAGUACAAACCGGUUUAGGAAGAACCGGAAAAAGACUGGCUGUAGAUUACGAAGGAGUUAAACCUGAUAUUUUAGUCCUUGGGAAAGCUUUGGGAGGCGGUGUUUAUCCAGUAUCUGCUUGUUUGGCAGAUGAUGAUGUGAUGCUAGUCAUGGAACCUGGUACCCAUGGCUCUACAUUUGGUGGUAAUCCUUUGGCGUGUAAAGUAGCAAUAACGGCACUAGCGGUUUUAGAAGAAGAAAAUUUAGCCGACAACGCAUUCAAAUUAGGAGAAAUUUUUAGAAUUGAGUUAAGAAAAAAACUCAACAAUGGAAAUCCUAUUGUUAAUACUAUUAGAGGAAAAGGACUUUUAAAUGCAAUUGAUAUUAAUACAAAUAUCGUCGAUGCAUGGGACAUUUGCUUGAAAUUGAAAGAAAAUGGUCUGAUAGCAAAACACACUCACGACUGUACUAUAAGAUUUUCACCACCACUUACAAUAACCGAAGAACAGAUGAAGGAAUCGAUCGACAUUAUUGUUAGAACUAUUACCAGUUUCGACACAACACAAUAAAAUAUAGGAUUAUUUGAAUAAUGAAAUGAAAAGUUAUAAAACAAGUGUUCAGAAAAUUAGAUUCAUUUAGCAAAGACAUUGUGUUCUAGUCUAGACUGGACUAAUUUGAGAAUGAUGAAAAUAUAAAGUCAAAAUAUUGGUUGAACUUUUUAAAAAUAUGACUAUUAGCAUAAACUUUUUAUUAGAUUAUUGCCUACUUUUUUCAUUAUAUAUUUUUUUAUAAGGAUAUAUAAGGUUUUCCUGGAAAAUUUAUUAAAAAAUUGUAAUCAA